GGCUAAGCUAUUUGUUUUGCAGUAGUCGUUGCUUUUGAUGAUAUUUUCUUUUGCUUCUGCCGCAUUCGGAUUGCAAUCGUUACCUUCUCUUAUAUUUACAUUGGGCCUUGACAAAUUAUCUCAACGUGUGUCAAAACUUAUCUCAAGACCUUAAGAUGCAAUGCUCAAAUCAAAAUGCCAACGCAGUGGAUACACCCUCCGAAGCACAACCCAUUCUUGCAAGUCAAAAAGAGUGUGCCUCGGGGGUAGUAGAUUUAAGAAAAUUUCUUGAAUCGAUAGCUCGCAUGAGAAGUAAUGAAGAGAAAACCUCUUACUGCUUUGAAACGCUUGAGGCAUUAGAUGUCAACAAAGAUGAUAUAUUUGAAUAUAUGAAUACUGUCUUUAAGAUUCUUAAAAGCAACCCAGCUUGGUGGAAGGAUAAAUACACCGAAGAGACCCUCGACAAUCAACUUCUAUCCAUUCGCCUAGGACUAGAGCAAAACAUACCUCGGAUUCGUAAGCGUCGCAUAGAACGAAUCAAUUAUAUAAAAGCUCGAUGGUUGAAGUACGAAGGGGUAUGCUCUUGGGUGGAGGAUUCAUCACAAUCGAGUAAUUUUCUUUUUCAUUUGGCAAGAGUAGCGAAGAAGUUUCCCAAUUACCUGGAUGCCUUACAUAGAUUAAAUGAUGCAUUGAUUCAACGCCUUUUAACAUCUAAAAAGGGAUCAAGGAAUGGGAAGCGAUUGCAGGGAUCAGAUUGUGAGAGAGCGAUAAACAUUGAAACGGCCCGGAGACACCCUGAAUCAAUGUAUGAAAAUCUACAACUGAGUAGGAAUCUAUCAACAGGGUUAUAUGGUGAUAUGAUCGAAGCUCACUAUGAAGAUGAAUCAAUGAAUAUCUCUGCCGGAAUUCUUGAUGGGACAACCCUGUUAGAGGCAAAUGGUUUACAUUCACAACCAGACACACCACAUAUCGAAGGCGCAUCGGAGCCAUCCCACGCCCAAGGGACGAACAGAGCCGAACCUAUUAGUAUUGACAAAAGACUCAAUGAAUCUUCUCGAGAAUUAUCAAGACACACUAGAUUUGACGCGGAAGCGGAUUAUCUUUCACCUUCUACCGAUACUGACUCAGAUGAGUCUAUGAUAUCAAACUUUUCCGAUACAGCUCAUCAGCUCAUAUCCUGUCAAUGCACAGUAUCAUUUCGCCAAAAGAUUGAUACAUUAUACCGGAUGCAUAGAUGGCGCCGUAUGCCACAAAAUAUUCUCAACGAUGUUAUGAUUAUGCUCAAUGUUACCAUCAGAAACCUAAAGCAAGUUUGUUCAAGACACCAACGUAAAAUAGCUGUUUUAUGUGGUCUUAAAGUCAAGUACUGCAAACAGGCAGAGUUAAACGAUAGAAUGGAAGCUUUAAAUAUGGCACGUUUAAAUGGUGAAGAUGCUGUAAAGACACUUAAGCUCGGCGCGGCGAGUGGUUGGUUCUCAAAGUUACAUAGGGCGCAACAAGAGUGCGAUGCCUUGGGACAUUAUAAAUUUGCCAAGCAGGCAAGUUGGCCACCCAGAACCAUUCAAGAACGACUUUUCGAUGAUGGAUUUCUGAAGAGAACGUUUGCAUUUUUAUUAUCGUCGGAAGUAACAAGAGAAGACAGUUGUAAUUUUGAUGCUGUCAUUCGCACCUGGGACGAAAAGGGAUCUGUGAAUAUCCCCAUAUUCAAAUGGUGGUGGAUGGCAAAUGAUGGAGAAGUAGCUCGGAUUGUAGAUGAGGAUUUGGAGAUGUAUAAACAUCACACUCGACAAAAUUUACAUGGAAAUGAAAACAAAGGCUGGCUCCCAACAGCUUUUCAUUCUAUAGCACAACAGCUAGUAUCACAAGAUCCAGUCCAUUACGCCACUUAUACGGCGUUAAGACCGGAUCAUUGGACGAGCUUAUUGUCCUACCCUUCUUAUGCAAAAUAUUCCGAGUUUGAUGAAGAUUAUCCUACAACCGGUGGCUUUGAACAUAUUGAUCAAAACGUGAACAAGCUAUUGGAAGGGGAAUUUAAUUUAAACGCUCAAGUCCAAGGCUCUGUUAGUCUCGAUGAUGAAGUUCCUGACAACAGUACCAAGAUCGUCCCUGGCUUUCACAAACCCGGGGUUCUUGCAAACUGGUGGGCAGGAUUACCUGACGAGCACAAAAAAAGCGGUGCAGUAACGCGCAUCCCUAAUAAAUCGGUCUCGCGACUCAACUGGGAAACAGUACCCUGUCUCCAUGGCGAAGCGCGCUUCACCAUGCCCCAAACCCCCCACGGUGCUCAGCCUCGAUACCCCGAUAUGCCCAGACGCCGUACCAUUCUCCCCUGGAUGUCCCGCGUCGCGGAAGAUCAUACGACGCUUCCGAAUACAGAUUAUGGAGCAGGGACAGUACAAGAUGUUACGCUGGCGCGAGUAGCGUGUAUGCCGCCGAAAGCGACGCAGAGCGGGAAACCGAUUUUUAACUCGCAAAUCCCGUAUAGGUUUCCAGGGUGUGUGCGACUGGAUUCGUUGGGGGCAUUGUCGGACGCGCUGCUGGGAUUGAGGAGGUGGGAUGCGCCGGAGGUGGUGGAGGAGCAGGAAAUUCUUUUUGGAGAGGAUAGAGAGAGGGCGAGGGAGUUUAUUGGGGAGUGGAGGGAUAAUGCUACGAGGGCUGUGAAGAAGGCGUUUGAGAUUGGGAAGAAAACGGAAAUAAGAGUCUUUGGAUCGGAUUCAUAUUGGAAUAAUAAAUAGGUUGCUGUAUGUUUGUAAUGCUGGGAGAAAAUCGAGAGAAUAUGUCAGGGCGCAAUAACUGAUCAGUCAUACGCUAUAGAUGGCAUGGCGAGAAUCUAAUCAUAUAACUCUGGUGGUGGCAGUAAGUCGCCUUCGAGCCUUUAAGUCUAUAUAGUUGCACUGACUCGACGAUUCCUGACAUACAGUUUCAUCGAUACAAGUGUCUGUUGAAAUCACAUUGAAUUUCUGCAUUCAUUGCAUUGUACUGUAUCACUCAUAGAAUAUCAAUACGAGCAUAGUCCUGAUUGACCACAAAUUAGUUAUUGUA